CGCACCGACCGGCAUCGACCUCAGCUCGUCGUCGACGUCUCUCGUCCACGUUGUCGUUAACCGUAUACACACACUCAUUAUUCACUCACACACCGUGCGCCGCCGUGACUCGUCGUGUGGUGGUAUAGGAUAAAACUAACAUUUAUUUAUAUUGUUCGCCGACGAUCGUAAAACGUCCGCAACAUCUCGUUAAAAAUCGUGUUAUAAAAUUUUUCCGGCGGUCAAACUAACUUUUUUUUUUUAUAAACGAUAAAACGCCUCCGUUUUUUUUCCGGAAAAAGUUUGUCUUUGGCGUCGCUCGCUGACUUUUUUGCUCGUGCGUUGGUUCCGCGCUUACGACGGCGACACUCGACUGUACGCGCGCGCCGCACGGGACCACCGUGUCCGGACGUGGUGGCACGACGUUUCUGCAGUGGCCGAUCGGGCUCGCUGCGGUGGCCGCAGACCAUAGGAUGACCGUGCACGAACUGACGGCCGCGUCCGCUGCAGCAGGAGGUACCAUGCCGCUGCACCAUUUGGGCAGAUCCCGGUUCAUGAUCACCGACAUACUUUCGGACAGCGGCCGCGGCAACGGGUCGCCCGUUUCGCCGGCGUCGUCCACGGACGGGCCCAGAGACCUGUCGUUGCACGGCCGGUCGUCAGACACGGGCACGUCGGCCGGCAACAAUAACAACGGCGGAGGCGGCGUCGUCAUGGGCCACGGCAACGACUCCGAUCUCAGCGACGACCACGAAAGUGGCACCGACAGCGGAUUGCCCGGCGACAACUCGUCCGUCUGUUCCAACGGUCAUAGAGACGACGACGGCCGGAAUUCCGGAUCGAACUUGAGCAAAAAACAGAGAAAAGCACGGACUGCGUUUACCGACCAUCAGCUUCAGACGCUGGAGAAGAGCUUCGAAAGGCAAAAAUAUCUGAGCGUUCAAGACCGCAUGGAACUGGCCGCCAAGCUCAACUUGUCCGACACACAGGUCAAGACCUGGUACCAGAACAGAAGAACUAAAUGGAAACGACAGACGGCAGUGGGUCUGGAAUUGUUGGCCGAAGCUGGCAACUACGCGGCGUUCCAGAGACUGUACGGUGGGCCACCGUACGGUUGUUGGCCGUAUCCCGGUGCAGCGGCCACCGGCGGCGGAGGGGGCUCGGGUGUGGGCAGUGCACCAUCGGCCGCAGAUUUGUACUACCGACAGGCCGCCGUGGCCGCCGCGGCCGUGUCCACGCUGCAGAAACCGUUGGCGUACCGACUGUACCCCGGCAUGGCCGGCGGCCCCGGUGCCGGCGCCGGCGGACACCACAUACCGCCACCGCCACCGCCGCCGCUCGCGCACCCGCUCUACUAUGGCGUCCACCAUCCGGCCGCCAUGCAGCCCAUGCCCGGCGGCCGCAGCCCGACGCCCGAGCGACCGCGGUCCUCGCAAGCCUCUCCCCGGUCCGUGGACAGCCGACCCGGAUCAGUGGACGUCGAGGACGACCGGUCCAACGAUUCGCCCAACGUAGACGUCUAAUACAAGCGCAACAUAAACACACACACAACACUACCUAGUCGUCGUUUUUCUCCUUAUUUUUAAAAAUACAUUGUACUUAGCUUUUUUUAUAAUUAACUAUAAUAUUACGUUAUUAAUGUAUAAUAUUUAAUAUUAUUAUGAUUACUGUCGUGACCGGAUGCCAAAAAGUUUUAACCGUAAGUACAUCUGAUGAUACACGCGUUAAAUUGUACAUUUUUUUAAAAUUAAAUCCUCAAAAAAAAUAAAUACUCAUCCGCUCUUACUCCCAAAACACAAAAACUAUUUGCAUUGAUUAGUUAGCAUCUUGAGAAAACUGAGCAUGAGUUUUGUCAAUGAUGACUUGAAUUAUUAUUUUUACAAUAAUAUUACACCUAAUUGUUUUUGUUAAUAUUUAAAUGUAAAUAAUAUACAUUAUAUUAAAAUAAAUAAUUUGCGCGAUCAGAGACUUAAACGCCCGUUACACUGGUGUGGCAAAUGGUUCGACAGACUCUGGCCGUAGUAAAAAGUACAUAAUAUUUAUAUGAUCUAUGCUUACCAGAAUAGUAAUUAUUAUAAUAUUAUAAUACAAACUGUAAAUGUUUCUAUAAUAUAUAUUUAAACGGUUAGUAUUUUUUAUUUUAAUGGUAAAAAAACAGUAAUUUAUUUCAUACAGUAUAGCUGCUGUCGAUAUAAGCGUUAUUAUUAGUAUUAAACACGUAAACGUAUAAACAAAAAUCGUGCAAUGUUACAUGUAAUUAGUUUUGUAUCCUUUAAGAAAAUUUAAGUAUAGCUAAUUAAGUGAUGUUUAUUUUGUUUUUACAAUUAUAGCCAUCAGUACGUCGUCGAGUUAAACUGUUUAACACUUGACAGUGCCAAAAAAUAAAAAAUAAGAAAAAAAUUAUUAAUGCAUUAGGAUGUAUAAUAUUGAACACUGCGUUAAUUUGUAAAUGAUGUUAACCGUUUGUUAUAUUUUUUUUUUAUGUGCGCAAAAAAUGAUCAAUAUUUUACUACUGUUUUUUUUUUUUGCAAACAUGCGCGCGUUAUAUACUUAUACAUUAAAAAGAAGUAUCGUAUAUUAAGUACUAUACUUAUUAUUAUAUUAUUACUAU